CCCUCGUCACCGGGGCUUUCUGAUAUUCAGACACAAACAUGCGGUACUACGAACAGCGCUAUCCGGAAGUUGACGAACUGGUCAUGGUCCAGGUCCGUCAAAUUGCGGAGAUGGGCGCAUAUGUUAAGCUCCUGGAAUAUGACAACAUCGAAGGAAUGAUUUUGCUGUCUGAGCUUUCUCGCAGACGUAUCAGGUCGAUUCAGAAGCUUAUCCGAGUCGGCCGCAAUGAGGUCGUGGUUGUGCUCAGGGUAGACAAGGAGAAAGGUUACAUUGAUCUUUCAAAACGACGUGUGUCUCCCGAGGACAUCACGAAAUGUGAAGAGCGCUACCUGAAGUCAAAGGCGGUGUCGUCGAUUAUGCGUCAUGUCGCAUCCAAAAUCCCCUCCGUUAACGCCGAGGGCGCAGAAGUACAGAACGAGGCAGCCGAGGCAGAAGUGAAGGAGGCGAAGAAGGCAUCGCGGCGCGCACGGAAGGAGGGCAACGAGGACGAAAUCCUGGAGGAGACGGGCGUGCCUGGAACAAGUGCGAACGAGGAGGAACGUCUGGAGCAGCUUUAUGAGCAGAUCGCUUGGCCACUCGGGAAGAAGUACGGGCAUCCGUACGAUGCGUUUAAGCUCGCAUUGACUGAGCCAGACACAGUGUGGUCAUCAUUGCUUAAUCCAGUCCCUCAGUCGACGCUGAACAUCCUCACGGCUACGAUUGCUCGCCGCCUUACGCCGCAACCGAUCAAGCUACGUGCGGACAUCGAGCUCACCUGCUACACACCAGCAGGAAUCGACGCCAUUAAGAAGGCCCUGCGCGCGGGCGAGCGCCAGAGCAGCGAAGCCGUCCCGAUCAAGGCGAAGCUUGUCGCACCGCCGUUGUACGUGCUGAGCACGAACGCCACCGACAAGUACGCUGCGGUGGACCGUCUUGAGCGCGCCAUUGAAUCAAUACAACACACGAUCGAGAAUAAUGGCGGCUCGCUCGUCGUCAAGAUGAAGCCGAAAGCGAUCUCUGAGACAGAAGAGCAUGAAUUCGCGCAGCUCAUGGCAAAGGCAGGGCGUGAGAAUGCGGAGGUAUCUGGGGACGAAGAUGACGAGGAAGCCAUCUAGCCAUGGUCAUGUCUGGCACACGCGCAUAUUUGUAUACAUCAGUAAAAUCAAUAUGGUCUUCUAGUCGCGU